AUCGGAUUUAUGUCGCGCUACUUCGGAAAUGUGACGAGUUGUCAGGUGAAAAUACUGUUUUACAGAUCUAUCUAUAAGUGCAGGUAAGCUGAGCGACAUUCCGCUACCAAUCUGGCUCGUCCACAUCUGAGUCAAUGACACGCCACAAAGAAAGGGCCCCUCGCUUGAUGCCACACUUUAACCGGACGGUGUGCAUCACGGCGCUGCCCAUGGCCGAACAGCCUACAAAGCCAUGUUGCUUCAGGCACGAAAUAAUCGUCACCCACGGCAGAGUGAAGACUGUUCAGUGCUACAUCACGGUGUAUGAGUUGUCCUGGGCACAGCUCCAGGAAACGGUCAUUCGGCUCAACAUUCAACAGCCUGUAGACGCCACGGGAGAAAGUGCAUUUCAGAUUUUCCAGCUCAUCCUCCUCCAGAUCCCAGCGGGCCUGGGCUUCGAGGCUCACCCGAAAGUUACAGGAGCCAAUUGUGCAGCCCGACAACCGCCAUGGUGGGCCCCAUCGAUGAGAGAGAAAACCCCUGCACUAUCUCCUCGUUGUGCCGCGCCAUGUAUCUCGGGCGCCAGGAUCAAUGGCCAGCGCGCAUUCAAGGUCUCUUGCCGAUGGUUGAUAUGAUCCAUCAGGAUCUUGUUCGACUCACUGAGGA